AUGCGUAUUUUAUUUUUGCUUCUUCUUUUUACAUUUGUAAAAAUUUUUUGCUAUGCCCAACGUACAUUUGCCAAUGAAAAGUUUGACCUCAGUCCUGACCUACCAAUGGAAUCCGUUGAUACCAUGCCACAAUUUGUUACUGCUGAACCCGAGAUGAUGUUACCAAAUGAUUUACAAAUGCAUCGUACUUUAAAACCCGGCCUACCAGCUAUAUCACCCAGUAAUGCUCAAGUUAUUCCGCUGUCACCAGUUUCACCGUCGUCUGCUGCUGCACCUGCUGUUGUUUUAACUGAAGUUAAAGCAAGAGAUUUAGUUGAUAGUGUUGUCGUUACCGGUGAAUCAAUGAAACCAGGUGCUGUAAAAAUUCAACCAAUUCAGAAAGCUAGUCCAGAAAGUAGCGCUGUAAAAAAUCCACAUAAUAUUUCCAAGAAACCAACAGUAGUACAGCAGCAACCGACAGCUCCCAACAGGAAUCAAGUGUCUGAAAAAAAGCAAAAAAAUUUACCGAUUGAAAAGAUUCCACCAACGACGUCUACAGCAUCAAAACAACCAACAGCUGUUGCCAGUAAUGCAAAAAAUUUGACUCUUAUACCAACAGCUGUGUUACCCGAAUCAGCCGAGAACGCUAAAGGAAUAUUGGUGGUUCCAGUGGCUCCGUCGUCAAAUCAGUCAAAGCAACCAAUUGAGUUGGUAGAGCUGGUGGAGCCGCACCUACCAGUCAAGCUUGCUUCAGAUUUACCAAAACCCAAACAACGAUAUAACAUGGUACCAACGGCUCCAUGGUAUCAAGAAAGUUUCAAUACUACAGGUAGACUACUUUGA